AUGGCACAAGUCCCAACUGCUCAAGAUGAGAAGGAGAAGAAAAACGAACAGCUUGCAACUGCAAUUCUCAAGGAAAAGCCAAAGCCGAACCGUCUCAUUGUCGAUCAAAGCGAGAAAGAUGACAACUCUGUGAUUGCAUUGUCUCAAGCAAAAAUGGACGAGCUUGGACUUUUCCGAGGAGACACCGUGGCACUGAAAGGCAAGAAGCGUCGCGAGACGGUGUGCAUCGUUUUGGCUGAUGACGCUUGUCCAAAUGACAAGAUCCGGAUGAAUCGUGUUGUUCGCCACAAUCUUCGUGUUCGUCUCGGUGACGUCGUUAGUGUGACGGCCGCUCCAAACAUCAGCUACGGAAAACGUGUGCAUGUAUUGCCAAUUGAUGACACGGUUGAAGGCUUAACUGGAAAUCUCUUUGAAGUGUUCUUGAAGCCGUACUUUGUUGAAGCUUAUCGUCCUUUGCACAAAGGCGACAUCUUUACUGUGAAUGCUGCUAUGCGCAAUGUUGAAUUCAAAGUCAUUGAAACCGACCCAUCUCCAUCAUGCAUCGUUGCACCAGACACUGUCAUUCAUUACGAAGGUGAGGCCAUCAAGAGAGAAGAUGAGGAGGAGAACAUGAACGAUGUUGGAUAUGACGACAUUGGAGGGGCUAGGAAGCAACUUGCACAAAUCAAAGAAAUGGUUGAACUUCCACUUCGUCAUCCUCAGCUCUUCAAGGCAAUUGGUAUCAAGCCACCUCGUGGAAUUCUUCUCUAUGGACCUCCUGGAACUGGUAAAACACUGAUUGCUCGUGCUGUUGCGAAUGAGACUGGAGCAUUCUUCUUCCUUAUCAAUGGCCCUGAAAUCAUGUCGAAGCUCGCUGGUGAAUCCGAGUCUAACUUGAGGAAAGCUUUUGAAGAAUGCGAAAAGAACAGUCCUGCCAUUCUUUUUAUUGACGAAAUCGACGCUAUUGCACCAAAGCGUGAGAAGACGCACGGAGAGGUGGAGCGUCGUAUUGUGUCCCAGCUGCUUACUUUGAUGGAUGGUCUCAAGCAACGAUCUCAUGUGGUUGUCAUUGCGGCUACAAAUCGCCCUAAUUCGAUCGAUCCCGCUCUCCGUCGCUUCGGACGCUUUGAUCGUGAGAUUGACAUUGGAAUUCCGGAUGCCGUUGGUCGACUUGAAGUCCUUCGCAUUCACACAAAGAAUAUGAAACUUGCCGAUGAUGUUGAUCUCGAACAGAUUGCUAACGAGUGUCAUGGUUAUGUUGGUGCUGAUCUUGCUUCACUCUGCUCCGAGGCUGCGCUUCAACAAAUUCGUGAAAAGAUGGAGCUUAUCGACCUUGAGGACGAAGCUAUUGACGCUGAAGUGCUCAACAGUCUUGCAGUCAGCAUGGAGAACUUCCGCUUUGCGAUGGGUAAAUCAUCUCCAUCGGCACUUCGUGAAACUGUCGUUGAAACGCCCAACACUACUUGGCAAGAUAUUGGAGGACUUCAAAACGUCAAGCGUGAACUGCAAGAGCUUGUGCAAUAUCCAGUGGAACAUCCCGAGAAGUACCUCAAAUUCGGCAUGCAGCCAUCACGUGGUGUCCUCUUCUAUGGACCUCCUGGAUGUGGUAAAACUCUUUUGGCCAAAGCAAUUGCCAAUGAAUGUCAAGCUAACUUCAUCUCGAUUAAGGGACCUGAACUCUUGACGAUGUGGUUUGGUGAAUCGGAAGCUAACGUUCGUGACGUCUUUGACAAGGCUCGUGCCGCAGCUCCUUGUGUUCUCUUCUUUGAUGAGCUUGACUCAGUUGCAAAGGCUCGUGGUGGAUCUGUUGGUGAUGGAGGAGGUGCUGCUGAUCGAGUGAUCAAUCAAAUUCUCACGGAAAUGGAUGGCAUGAACAGCAAGAAGAACGUUUUCAUCAUUGGAGCCACAAAUCGUCCAGAUAUCAUUGACUCUGCAGUUCUCCGUCCUGGUCGCUUAGAUCAGCUGAUCUACAUUCCUCUUCCCGAUGAAGCUUCUCGCGUUCAAAUCUUCAAAGCCAAUCUCCGCAAGACUCCGGUUUCCCAAGACAUUGAUCUCACGUUCUUGGCCAAAUCAACUGUUGGAUUUUCGGGAGCUGAUAUUACGGAGAUCUGUCAGAGGGCUUGCAAGCUUGCAAUUCGUGAGUCAAUCGAGAAGGAUAUUCGCGUUGAGAAGGAACGUCAGGAGCUCCGUGCCAAGGGUGAAGAGCUGAUGGAAGAUGAGGCUGUUGACCCCGUGCCUGAGAUCACUCGGCAACACUUCGAGGAAGCUAUGAAGUUCGCAAGGCGCUCGGUUACUGACAAUGAUAUUCGGAAAUACGAGAUGUUUGCCCAGACGCUCCAGCAGCAGCGUGGAUUCGGGAACAACUUCAAAUUCCCUGGAGAACAAGCUUCUGGUGGCUCAUCCAACCCUGUGCCUGCCGGCGGCGGCGGCGGAAAUGAUGACGACGAUCUUUACUCG